CGUAAUUUACAUAUGUAAUAUACGUAAAAAAAACUCUAUGUCAUUUUACCUGAGGUAUAUUACAUACGCAACCCUGAUCAAGACACGGCUUUAGGUCAUUUUAUGUUAUUGGUGAUAAUAUUUGUGUUCAUUUGAUUUUUAAAAAAAAAGUAAUCGUUUAACUGUAGUUUAUACAAUUUCCUAUAUUUCUUAAAUCUAAUAUUAUAUUAAAUUUAGAUAAUUUAUUGCUUCGUGAAUAAUAAAAUAGUGAAUAUUUUUGUUUUUAUUUAUAAAUUCUGAAAUAUGGCUUCGAAUAGUGAGAUAAUUGAUUCUAAAGAAUCGUUAUCAGAAUUAUUUGAUAAAGGUUUUGAUUUAUUUAAUGAUAUAAAUCAAACGAAGGAAGCAACAAAUUCACCAAAAGUUCAGUUGGAUGUUAAACAUGCAAUGCGUAUAUUUGAAGAAGCAACAAAAUUAGUAUCACUUGUUGAUAUGUUCAGUGCAAAUGAAAAUUUCGAUGAAAUUCCCACUGAAAAUAUAAAAUAUUUUUUACUACCAGCUCUUUUAGGGACAUUAACGACAAAAAUUUGCGGUGCUGAUGAUCGUAUGCAUAUUGUCGAUGUUGCUGAAAUUUAUUUUGUCGAUUUUUUAAAACGUUUAAAAUCCUAUGGCCUCACAGACAUUCAAAUUCCCGAGGCAAAUAAAAUUGAAUCAGAAGAAACUGCCAUUGAAAGAAGUAAAUCAAACGCUGAAAUGAUUACUGAAAUGGUAAACGUUAGAAAUACAAAAAUUCAACGAUACACAGAACAAAAAGAAUUGGAAUCACGUUUACAAAUUUUAAAACAGGGCAUGAAUGAUUUAAAUAUUGACGAUGAUUCAAAAAGGGAAUAUUUUAAGACACUAUUGAAAAUUUAUGUGAAUCAAGCAUUGGACGAAUUACGUUCAUUGGCUGAUGAGAGGCCAAUUUUGGAGCAUAUGAAAAAAAUUAAUGACGGUGAUAAAAAAUCGUCACACUUUCAUAAAACACGAAAUCCAAGUACACAACAAUUGAAACCAAUAAUUAUAACAAGAGAUGAAAUUCAAAAGCAAGUUUAUGGCGCUGGUUAUCCAAGUCUACCGGUAUUAACUGUACAAGAAUUUUAUGAUCAAAGAGUUAAAGAUGGAGAUUGGCCCGAUCCUUCGGAACGUAAUAAAAUGAAUGCAACUUGUCUUCAAGAUAUUGCAAACAAUGAUUCAAAUGCACAACAAGAUCAUGAAGAUGAGGAAAAGGAGAAAAUGAUUGAACAAGAUGACGAGGAAUCGAUAAAUCGAGCACGAGCUAUGGAUGAAUAUAAAGAUAAUCAUCGUCGUGGUUGGGGAAAUCGAAAUAAUAGAAGUUAAA